AUGUCAUGUUUCCGGGGUGCCCUGUGCUUGUGCAACACGGGCGCGUGGUGCGAACCAACGCCUCUAAGGGGCCACUUCUGGCGGAAACUGCUGCACCCGGGGCUAACCUCCCGGCUCGACCAUCAAUCACCGCGCCCGCGCUCUACAUUCGUUUCCCCAAGCCCUCGACCUGUAGGCUUGGAGGCUCCAAGCCGCCCGAGAGCUCUGUCCUUCCCGCUUCCUGGCCGCCCAGGCGCUUUCCCUACCACCGCGUUGUUUGCAGAGUGCACACAAAGUGGCGCGCGUUUCGGAGCGCCCAGCCCAAAGGAGCGCGACCGCGGAGGGAGAAGCCAGCAGCCCGCUCCCGCGCUACUCCGCAGCAGCCCUGAGGACAAACUGCGAGGUAGCCGGUGCCCCGCAGUGGAAGAGCUGGGGCACGAGGGAGCGCGCCACGGGGAGCUCACCGCAAGGCCGAAGGUCGGGUCCGCUGGCGCAGGAGGAUCGGAGGAGAAGGGCGGGAGAGCGGAUGAAGUGGGAGCUGCUGAAGUGGACGCUGCUGAAGAGGUCUCUGGAGAAGCCGCUGACUCACACCCCGGAGAUGAACUCCUGGACUUUGCCAGGGUCCCCAGCAUGCUCUUCCUCAUGCCUGUGCUGGAUGCCUGCCACAGAGGACACACUCAACUGGGCUGCGGACUUGGACACCACAUAGGGACUCCACACCAGGAAGACCCAAGCAAUGCUCUGUGCCAAUCUUCAAGCCUGGGAAGAAGUCACUACCUGAACCACCAACAUGAGGAUCGCACCAAACUGAUCAACACAACCCACACCAAAAAUUCUUUCCUCAUCUGGAACCCUGCCUUUUCCCCUGGAGCUGUCUGA